CCCGUAAGGUAGAGCUUCCCCUUCGGCUUCGCUGGUCCGCUCCGGGUCGCGUGAGAUAGAGCUUCGAACGAGUCCUUGCCAUUGUCUGUCAAGCGUCUGCUUUUCCUCUUCUAGAUUUAUUCGUUGAUGUUCUGCUUCGCGUGAAGUAGAGUUCUCAAAUAGUCGACGUUUCUUCUCCUCCUCCUCCGUCGUUGUUACUGUCGGAUCGGAAGCCGCGCCGGGAGCUCGCCGCGAAGGAGUUACAUGAUCUUGAGAAGAAAUGAGAAAUGCAAGCAAAUAUUGAAAGAUACCUUAAGAAAUAUUGUGGCCAUUUGAAUUAUUCAGAUCACUAAAUUUGGAACUCUUAUAAUGCAUCGUGUGGCUAGUGCUGGUAACACGUCUAAUUCAACUCGACCUCGGAAGGAGAAACGGUUAACGUAUGUGUUGAAGGAUACAGAUGACACAAAGCAUUGUGCAGGCAUUAAUUGCUUGUCUGUUUUAAAAUCUUCAUCUAGUAGCUGUGAUUAUCUUUUUACUGGAAGUAGAGAUGGAACAUUAAAAAGGUGGGCCAUAGCAGAUGAUCAGGCUAGCUGCUUUGCAACAUAUGAGUCACAUGUUGAUUGGGUUAAUGAUGUAGUUCUUGCUGGUAACACCCUAGUUUCAUGUUCCUCAGAUACAACUGUCAAGGUCUGGAAUAGUUUGUCGGAUGGUGUUUGCACCCGAACCCUUCGUCAGCAUUCUGAUUAUGUUACCUGCCUUGCUGCUGCUGAAAAGAAUAGCAAUGUUGUUUCUUCUGGGGGACUUGGUGGGGAGGUUUUUAUAUGGGACAUUGAAGCAGCAGUUCUUCCGGUUGCCAAAUCUACUGAUGUUAUGGAUGAUGAAGGCUCCAAUAAACUGAUUAAUUCAGGAAACUUUGGACUUCCCAUGACAAGUUUACGUUCAGUUACAUCAAGUAACAUGUCUGUGAAUAACGCACAAUCACAUGGUUACAAUCCUACUGCAGCCAAAGGCCAUAAAGAGUCUGUAUAUGCCCUAGCGAUGAAUGAUAGUGGAACUUUACUUGUUUCUGGAGGAACUGAGAAGGUCAUUCGUGUUUGGGACCCCAGAACUGGUUCAAAGAAUAUGAAGCUAAGAGGGCAUACUGAUAAUAUUAGAGCUUUGUUACUUGAUUCUACUGGAAGGUUUUGCUUGUCUGGAUCCUCUGAUUCCAUGAUACGGUUGUGGGAUCUUGGUCAGCAACGCUGUGUGCAUUCUUAUUCCGUGCAUACAGAUUCAGUCUGGGCACUUGCCAGCACACCAUCUUUUUCUCAUGUUUACAGUGGUGGGAGGGAUCUUUCUUUAUACCUUACAGACUUGUCAACUAGAGAGAGUAUUCUGUUAUGUACAAAUGAACAGCCGGUUCUGCAACUAGCUUUGCAAGAUGAUGGCAUAUGGGUCGCAACAACUGACUCAUCAGUUCAUAGAUGGCCAGCUGAAGGAAGUCACCCUCAAAAAGUUUUUCAAAGAGGUGGUUCGUUCUUAGCAGGAAAUUUGUCAUUUUCAAGGGCAAGAGCUGUUUUAGAAGGAUCAACUCCCGCUCCAGUCUACAAAGAACCGUCAUUUACUAUACCGGGCAUUCCAGCAAUUGUGCAGCAUGAAAUUUUGAAUAAUAGAAGACAGGUUCUAACUAAGGAUACAGCAGGUUCAGUAAAAUUGUGGGAGAUCACCAGGGGAGUCGUGAUUGAGGACUAUGGCAAGAUUUCGUUCGAGGAUAAGAAAAAAGAACUGUUUGAAAUGGUGAGCAUCCCUACUUGGUUUACCAUGGAUACCCGGCUUGGUAGCCUGUCAAUCCACUUGGACACUCCUCAAUGUUUUUCAGCAGAGAUGUAUGCUGCUGACUUGAAUAUUUCAGGAGCACCUGAAGAUCUUAAGAUUAAUCUAGCUCAAGAGACUCUUCGAGGUUUGUUAGCACACUGGAUCUCUAAAAGAAGGCAACGGUCUGGGUCACAAACCUUUAACUGUGAUGGGAUACCAGGGAGGGACCUGCCUAGCAGAAGCAUCUCGCAUUCAAGGGUUGAUGCUGAUGAUAGUACAGAAAAUCACCAUCUUGUGCUCCCUGCAUUUGAAUUUUCUACUGUUUCUCCUCCUUCCAUUAUAACUGAGGACUCACAAGGAUGCUCUUGGAGGAAGAAAAUUACAGAGCUCGAUGGAUCACAAGAUGAGAAGGAUAUUCCCUGGUGGUGCUUAGACUGUGUGUUGAAUGGACGUAUAACGCCGAAAGAAUCUACGAAGUGUAGCUUUUACUUGCAUCCUUGUGAAGGCUCAAACGUGCAAGUCCUCACACAAGGAAAAUUGAGUGCUCCAAGGAUAUUGCGUGUACACAAAGUAGUUAACUAUGUUAUUGAGAAAAUGGUUCUUGAUAAACCACUUGAAGGUGGCAAUCCAGAUGGACAAUUUGGUCUGGUUCCAGGCCCUGGACAAUCCCAGCUUGGAUCCCUUGGUGACAGUUCCUUACGUGCGCUCAAGUCAUGGCAGAAGAGAAAACCUUCUAUUGAGAUCCUGUGUAAUAACCAGGUCUUAUCACCAGAUAUGAGUCUCGCAACUGUGAGAGCCUACAUAUGGAAGAAGUCAGAAGAUUUGGUGCUUAACUACCGCGUAGUACAGAAUAGAUGAUUAAUCUAAGGUUUUUGUCUGUAAAGGGACUUCCAGCUUGUAAGGUGGGGAGCUUGUUUCAGCUUUGUUGUAUAAUACCUAAUGAUUUUUGUGUUCACCUGCUGGUUGCCACUGAACUACUCUUGUCGAUCGAAGUGAUCUUUUUCACGGCACAAAUAAACAAUUUUUCAUUACAUUUCAAGUGCUCUGUUUAUGCUGUUAAGUAUUAUUUUAUCUGUUAA